CUGUGGGUCCCGGCCAUUUUUGGGAUGGGGAUCCCGAAUCCGGGGGGUUCCGGCUUGACCGUUCCCAUCCUGGGAGUGGAGUGCGACUGGAGAACCGGGCAGCCGGUUCCUCUAGCCGGGACCAUGGAAGACGCCGACGGAAAAGGUCUCGUUCCUCUUGCCAUUGGCUUCCGAACCAUUGACCCCAUAACAGGGGAGACGGGUCCGGUCAUCGGGGCUCAAAUCAAUCCUUGGACCACGGCGGUCAUCCCCAUCGUCCAGUCCCUAGGAAGCUUGCCAAGGGGAAGCCCAGACCCAGAACUGACGGAUGCCUUGGAGACGGAGGUGGCAGCCAAGCAACGGUUCUGGCGUGGCCAAAGAGAAAAGGAAGAGGAGCUCCUCAAAGAGUUGGACUUCUUGCGCCUGGACAUCUUGGAGGCCGCCAAGGAAGGGAAGAUGAACAAGUUAAGAUACAAGGACAAAUUAAAACCCGCCGAAGAGAUCUAUCGCUCCCUGGAAGAGUCCUCAAACCAAGAAGCUCAACGGAGAGCCAACAGACAACUGAAGGCACCGCGGGACUCCAAACCAUCUCUGCAAAUGAGAGUCGAGAAGGACGAGAGAGACCAGGAGGCCAGAGUCCAGGUUUUGCUGAGGAAGACGCUGGAAAAGCUGGUGCAGUUUGUCCGAAAGGUCCAGCUGGACGAAGGACGGAUCCAGAUGCAGCUGAAGGAGGUGGAGCGGCAACGGAGCAGCAGCCUCCAGAUUUUGGAAACGCUUCAAGAGACAUCUAGGAAGACAACUUUGCAUCUCGUGGCUGCAUUUGAGGAGCACAUGGCAAAGCACCAAGCCAAUGUUGAGAGGGCCUGCUGCAGGCUGGAAUACCUCCGAUACUUGUUGGAGACGGUGGCUCUACAGACAAAGGAUCUCCAUUCUGGCUCGUCCCAGUGCUUUGUGAAUUAUCCCAGUUGGAGGUUUUACGGUGCGGCUGGUGCUCCGCAGGGGACCUGGGAGGUCAUCAAUCGGAAACUCAUCCCGUUGCUCAGAUCUGUACUCGAGACGUUGAAAGAGAGCAAAAGGAGCCCUUUGUCCCCCGAGGUGCUGGUGGGCCUGGGCUCUGAAAAAGGCUACUCCUCCAGAAGCACCUUGAAGGUCUCCGAAGUGACCGGCGAAGCAUUUCGGGUCCAAACAAGGCAGGAAGGGGUCCCUAUUGCUGCAGCACUCUCUCCUUCCGUGGCCUCGCCAAAAAGGUCCCAACUCCUGCAAGAAAUCCAGGCAAGGAUCGUCUUAGAGAAACACGGCAGUGAAAUGUUGCACCUUGAGCUGUCCUUAAUGGCCGAGGAGAUCCACAUGAUCACUUGCUUCUGGGAAUCAUCCAGACCGAAGAAGAACCUGGGCACGAACUUAGAAGGAUCCAAGGAGUGGGACAGGCUCUUGAAAGAGCUGGCCGAAUAUCAUCGCCACUCGGAAGAAGAGCUGUGCCGGCAACACUCGGAGGACGUCAAACAUGCCGGAUUCGGCCCGGAAGGGAUCGCCUUCCAAGAUGGAGCUUUGUUCUCUCAGGAGGAGAUCCUGCAAAACCUUGUGUCGCUCCGUUUGGAUCUACAAAAGGCCGACUCCUCCCUGACGAUGGAAGCUUCAAAAGAAAAUAAUAAUGAAACCCAGAUUGCAGAAGCCAAGCUCAGUCCAGCGGGAUCAACUUCCCAGAAGGAUCAAGCCAUGGCAAGGAAGGUGGUGAAACAAGAAGCCCUGAAGCAAAUAUACAUACACAGGGUUUUGGACCAUUACAGCAACCUCCAGAGAAAGGCUUGUCCAGAAGAGGUUUUGCAAGCCCUGGAACCCUUCUGUACAGGGGAAAUGGUGGCCCGGGAUGUGGUUCAGUCUGUUGAAAAGCAGCAAGUGGAGAGAGCUGUGGCUUUCCUCCAGAAGCAGAGCCAAGAGGAGGAAGACUUGUCCGCUUCUUGCAGCGAAAAGGAUGAAGCAAAGCUCAGAAAGCUUCAGGCGCUGAUCCGGAUGGAGUUGCAAACCCAGAUAGAGGAGAAGGUUGUGGGUCAACUACAACUCCCAGAAAUGAAGUUGGAAGCCAAAGAAACAGAAAUCGUCUUGGAAGCCAUGAAACCCAACACAAGCCUCUCUGCCCAUUUCAUUGUGUGUUUCCUUCUGAGUCGCCGGCACUUGAGGCAAGCCGUUCUGGUGUUGGAAGCCAACCUUGAGCUCCAGGAAACCGGACUAAAGACUCAAGGCGAUGGGAGCUCCGUGGAAGACUUGGCCCUGGAUGACCCAUUGGUGGAUCAAAAUACAAAAGCAGUUGUCCACCUGUUGAAGGAGAAGAAGGACUAUGUCUACUCUGUGCUUCAGUUGCUGCAAGCGUCCCAGAUGCUCCAGUUGAGAGAGAGGCAGUUUCAGGAGAUGGUCCAGAAACUGAAAGCUCAUUCUUCAGACCAGCAUCUGGAAGAGGCAGACCAAAUGGUCAGAGAACUUCAAGAGUUCAGGCAACGCAAAACGAAGGAGCUGGAGGAGAAUCUGAGAACUUCCCUAAAGAGCCCCAGAACACAAGAAGGUCGUUCAAAGAAUCCCAAUGAUCUCCAGAGUGAAAGGCCCCUGUUAGAAAAAGAUCAUAAGCGAGAAGGAAAGGAGAGAUGGCAGAGUUUCCAACAAACCUGGUUGGUCGAGCUGGAGGAAACGUACAGGGGCCAGAUAUCAGAGGAGAAAGCAAGACUCCAAGAUCAGUUGGAAAAAGGAGAACUCAAGAAAUGGUCAAAACAGAACCUGCUGAGAGAACAUGACGAGACUGUGACUUUCUUAGACAAGGUUUUCCAGCAAGAGAUGCACAAACGUAGAGAGAGGAUGGAGAAAGAAAGAAGGAGACGCUCCCAUCCACAGGACGGAGGUCCUCCAGCUUCUGGAUCUCCACAAGAACGACAGCAACCCAACCUGGUUGAGGAGGACAAAGUCUUCUCUCUCUUGACUGAAUAUGUCAAGAUCCUGAAGCAGACCGAACUUCUGGUGAUGUUGCGGCUCUUCCUCUUGAACCCUCGGUUCAGACCACUCCUGUCUGAUGGGAGCGAAGCCGACGGAAAGCCAUCUUCCCAAAUCCUUGCUCUUCUGAAUGAAGUCAAUUGCCAGAUCCGAAAGUGUGCCUCAGCAGCUGGACUUCUAGAUAACCAACACGAAGAAUAUGAUAAGGGCACUUCUUUCCGGGAUAUAAUGGACUUUCAAAUGAUUCCAAAAUCUGGGGAGAGUCUUGUGCCUCUGGUCCCAUCAAGCCUUUCCGCAAAAGAAUUUGUCAUCUAUCAAUACGGCAUCGUCGUCUUGAGAUUCCUGAGGCCUCUCAUCGGCGUAAGGUAUGUGUGACAAUUCUGAAACAGAAUCAGGCAAAAUGUCACUUCAUGUAAUAAUAUUGUCCAGGGAGAAAGCCGGAUGGAUGUUGGCUCUCAUUCGCUUUUAAUAAAUCUAGAUUGAUUGUAAUGCAGAGAUAUGCAGACUACAGCAUGCCUCAUCCUUGGCCAUGUUGGUUAGGGGAUGCUGGGAUCUUCAGUCCAGCAAUGUCUGGAGUGACAUGCAAUUCCUAACUCAUCUUUAUUUGGAAAUCUGAGAUUGAAGAAACCGGGUGCAAGUGUUUUCCCUUCCGGCUAUGAAGUAAAGUGGGUUGGGGUCCCAUUGACUUCAUGAGGGUAUGCUCGAUUCCGACCACACGAGUCCUUGAUGGAGUACUUCCUCAUUCCUUUCUGCAUGCUGCUGGAAGUUUUUAUGGUGUCGUAAAUUUGUUAAAUUAGCCUCCUCGCAUAAAGCGGUACCUAAAUUUCCUACUCAACAGAUGCAACUGUCUUUAGAGCUGCAUAGGUUAACAGCAAGACUAUUAAAGGUCGGGAGCUUACUCUGACCCGGGCUUCGAACUCAUGACCUCUCGGUCAGUAGUAAUGUCAAAUUAGAUGAAAAUGUGACAAUGGUAUUUAUGAACCCUUGUAGCACAACUUGCAUUUUCCUAAGCAGUUGACAAAUAAAGAUCUGGCAAAAUACCACUAAUAGAAUCCAUAUUGUGAAAUGUAUUAUCUCCCCUCCACACUCCGAUGCUAUGUUAAGAGCUGUUGUUUUGGUUAUUUCUUCCCUUGAUCAAGAAGCCGAGACGGUUGUUUUUAAAAACUCACAUUUUAUUAGUCAUUCGGUUUCCUUUUUACGUUCUCCAUAGUGAAGUGCAAUCUUUAAUUUUCGUCGUAAACACACAUUUAAAACAUCCUUUCUUUAAAAAUGUGUCCUCGCCAAGUGGAUAUUUUUAAAAGGCCACAAAGACAAAAGGAAAGACGGAUAUAAAAGGGGAACGGCGGACAGAAGAAGCGAGGUCCGUGUCCGCAGGAGUGAAGUGCCGGAAGGGGCUCCUCUUCGGGGGGUUUCCCGGCCUCCGUGGGGUCGGUGGUGCGGAGACGGCUUCACUCCGUGCGGCACUAAGAAGUGGGGAAGACACAGUCCCGGCGUUACCGGUUGCCAUUAACCCAGUGGUACCGGUCCACGCGUGGGCCAGCGAAAGGGCCCAGCGGCCGGCAAGCCCUGUAAGCCUUGUACUGAAAGUAGUAGGAGCCGGCAGGAUUCUGGAGGACGCCGUCGGGGGCCUGGGCUUUCCGGCGAGCGUAUUGGGACCAGGCUUGGAAGGGUUCGCCGCACUGGCCGGGAGUCAAGAGACGGGAAAGGGGUCAGAGUCUGGCACCGCUUACGCAAGGACCCACUCCAAACCGGCUUCCCAUCUCAGAACCACCAAAAAAUGGAUAAAGGAAGGAAGGAAGGAAGAGGGCAGGAGCCCAUACUGUGAGUCCCUGAGUAGAGUAGACCCAUUGAAAGAAUGGAAUCCACCUUCACUAACCAAGAAUGGAUUCAGUGGGUCUACUCUCAUCGAAUUCGGAACGACAGGUCCCAGAAUCCUUCUGCUUGCAUGGUUACAUCACCAUGAAGACCAAGGUGGCGCAGGCUGGUGAGCAGCCAGCUGCAAUAAAUCACUCUGACCAUGAGGUCAUGAGUUUGAGGCCAGCCCGUGGCAGAGUGAGCACCCGUCAAUUAAAAUAAAAAAUAGCCCCUGCUCGUUGCUGACCUAGCAACCCGAAAGAUAGUUGCAUCUAUCAAGUAGGAAAUAAGGUACCACUUAUAAAGUGGGGAGGCAAAUUUAACUAGUUUACGACGUUGGAAUGAGGAAGUGCCGUCACAGUGGAUGAUGAAGCAGCUGCUCCCCCUUGUGGCCAGAAUCAAACAUCCCCUCAGGAGAAGAUUAAAUUACCUCUGUGUCUGUCUCUGUCUCGGUUCUAUGUGUAUUUGGGCAUUGAAUGUUUGCCCAAUAUGUAUAUAAUGUGAUCCGCCCUGAAUCCCCUUUGGGGUGAGAAAGAAGGGUGGAAUAUAAAUACUGUAAAUAAAUAAAUAAAUACAUAAAAAAGA